UGUGGGUAGAAGACGCACAGGAUUCUGGGAGACACAGGCUCAGUAUGAUCUAGGAGGAGAAGAGACUGCAACUGGUAGACGCUGAGAGAGGAUCGGCUGGGUUGGCGCGUUGAGGGGGCCAUGGCCGAAUUCACAAUCCGAGUGUAUAAGAACAAAGACUACAAUGCGGUCCGGAUGUUGUUUGCCGAGGGGAUGCUGGAGCACAUUCCGGCCACUUGCGCCCACUUGUUGAAGCUCCCCCGCUCCCAGUUCAUCCUCUUCAUCUCCUUCAUCAGCCUCCUUUUAGUCUCCAAGUCCUACUUGCUCUCUCUCAUCAGCCUGGCUGUUGUGUUCAUGGGCGGCCGCCGCCUGCUGACCAAAGAGUUCCACCAGUACGUCAACCAGUGCCAACGAGAAGACUUGCUGGACAUCGAGGAGUCUUACAUGGCCAGCAACAACUCCUGCUUCUGGGUGGCGGAGUCCGACGGGCGAGUUGUCGGGAUGGUCGGCGCCCAGUCCGCCCCUCGUUCUAGCGAAGUCAUGCUGCUCAAACGUCUGUCGGUGGCCAAAGACCAGAGGCACAAGGGCAUCGCCAAAGCCCUGUGCGUAAAGGUCAUUGACUUUGCUCGCCAACGGGGGUACCAAAGGGUGACACUGGAGACCUCUAUGAUACAACUCGCGGCUCACAAAUUAUACGAAACCAUGGGAUUCCAGAAGACCGACGACAAGGUCCUCCCGACACUGUUUGGAAGGUUUUCCAACUUCUCCAUCCUGACUUUUGAAUAUCCAAUCAAAGAAUAAUACGCCGAGGUGAAGACGGAUAGAGGACUGCCUUCUCUCGGAGAAUUUAGCACUAUUAAGGUUAUUUUUACAAAAAAAGAAGGAAUGAGCAUGAGAUUAAAAAUUCAAAAAAUUUAUUUUGGAACCAUUUGAAGUUUUCUAAAACUUUUAUCACUGUAGCCAAUAAAUGAUUGCUGCUUG